AGCUAAAUUUGGGUGCUAGUUUUGGACCUGUAUGGGAAACAUUUGUCAACAAGCGUGAGAGAGACGGAAUGAUAGCGAGAAAAAGAGCGAGAGGCAAACACAGAAAUUUGAAGUAGCUGGCAACAGUGGCAACUGGCAAUCGUAAUUCGCAAACCGCAAUAAGGCAAUUUUCAGAUAUCGCCAAAAGUGAGGUUAUAUGUACUGUUUCAACUGUUUUACGAAUUUUUAUUCGAAUAAUUAACCAAACUCUACUAGAAUAUCUAUGUAGAAAUAUCUACAUUCGUUAUCCAAUAAUCUGGUGCACUUUUUUGCUCAUUGUGCUACCUAAAAAGGAAUGGCUGACUGAAGCAGAUUGACUUUUCUUUUACACGUCGAGACACAUCGACUAUUCCAAUUCUUAUUUGCACGCUUGAGGAGUGAGAGAAAGGGAAAACAAAACAAAGCGCCUCAUCUCGUUCAGGUAUUCUAAGUGCAGAUAAGAAUUAACGAUGUUAAACAGCGUUGAGUGUACAUCGAGAGACUUAGAACACCGGGUACGGUGACUCAGGCGGACACUUUCGUCGUGGUAUUGCCUCAAGGAGGAAAAUAACGAUCUGUCACGACAUGAUGAGUCCUCGUCUGUCUGCUUUUGCAUUUUUCAAGUUUAUCAAUUUAUUGCACGUUUAACACCCAAGAUACCCGAGUAUACACCUAAUAAUACGUGAGAGAAAUGUUGGAAAACAAUCAACGCAAAAUGGAAAAUGCUGAUCGUUACAAAUUCUGGUUACUUUGAUGAAUGUGUUCUCCAUACAAAGUUUAUAUAUUUUAUCGCUUGUCGAAGAGUUGUGAUAAAGAAGGAUUUUUGUUAUUAUUUAUUAGAACCAUUGUUUUAUGUAAAUAUUUUACAGCAGCUAUCAAAUAAGAAUGGAGUCUAUAUCUCAGCAGCAAGAUGAUCAUGAAACCAAAGAAAAAGCUGACAACAUUCCUGAUGAUACAGAAGACUUAAAUGAAAAGAUUAAGAGGUUAGAGGCAUUAAAUACUCAGCUGCGAGAAGAAUUUGAUGCUCAAAGAGCUAAAAUGAAAGAACUGUUUUUGCAAAAAGAAGAAGAUGCAAAACAGAAAAUUGAAGAAAAUUCAAAACUUCAAGAAGAUAAAGAGAAGUUACAGCAUGAGUUGGAUGAUUGUAAGAGUCAGUUGGUAAUAGUAAAUAUAAAAACACAGAAUGAAGUUGAUUUAGAAAAACGGAAAGCAGAGGAUGAAAUUGCAUCUUUACAACAGAUAAUAAAUUCAACUGUGCAAGAGUCCACAGCAGUUAGAAAAGAAUGGGAAAGUAAAAUUAGUAAAUUAAAGGAAGAAAAUAAUAAUCUGAAGUUACAGCUUAUGCAAAGUACAAUACCAGAUGGACCUCAACUUUCUCUGUCAACGAUGACAAAAACUCUAGCAAAAAAGGUUGCUUCGCAACUAGGAGCAGAUUCAUUAUCUCUUGCUUCUGAAAAUGAUGAGAUAUCGUCAAAAAAUAGAAGACAUGCUGAUGAGGAUGCUGAAUCACUACGUUCAUUGGUUGUGCCAUUAGAAGAAGAAAUAAAAGCUUUGAAAGAAAAAUUACGCACAACAGAUGAUGAGCUGCAAAAAUUCAAAGAGAAAGAAGAACAAAUAUUGAAUAAACAGCUAAAAGCAAGAGAAAUGGGCACUGAAAGUGCAUGUGAUAUGUGUUGUAAUUAUGAAGCUCAACUCCAAAGAAUACAAAUGGAAGUUAAAGAUCUUAAAAUACAAUUGCAAGAAUCUGAACAAAUGCUAUUGACACAAAAUCAAGAUUUAACUAAGGAAGUUGAAUUUCGAAAAGGAAUGGAGGAAAGGUGGAAUGAAAAAAAAGAGGAGCAUAAAGCUGAAGUAAGCAAUCUCUCCUGUUCUGUAAAAGUAGCUAAGCAAACAAUUGAUGAAUUAAAACAACAGUACACCCACACUAAAGAGAAUGUAACAAAAGAGUUGUGCCGAUUGACAAGGGAAAGAGAAGAAGUCCAAAGACAUUUAGAUGAGCUUCAACAACAAAAUGAAUACCUGAUGGGCAAAUACAGUAAACAUUCAGAACAUUAUCAGUAUGAACAUAUAAAUAUGCCAAAUAAUGUUGAAGAACUACACAUAGCUAUCCUUAAAAUUCGCGAAGAACUAAUAGUAGCAACUAUUGCAAAAGAAGAAACAGAAAGAAAAACAAAGUCUCUUGAAUAUGAGCUUGUGCUAUUGAGAGAUCAAAUAGAGCAAGAUCGUCUUGAAAGAGAAAAAUUGGAAGCAGAACUUCAAAGUAUGGUGGAAGCUGCUUCUAAAACUGACUUAGUUAUAGCUGAGUUAAAACAACAAAUAACAAAUUUACAGCAAGAGUUGAACACUGGUGAAGAGACACAAAAAGAUUUUGUACGUUUGACACAGUCAUUACAGGUUCAAUUACAAAAAAUCAGAGAUUCUGAGAAGGAAGUAAGAUGGCAAUUUGAAGAUGAUGUUGAUGAAUGUCCAACAUGUCACGCUUCUUUUACUUUAGCUAAAAAGAAAGACAAAAUGCAUUGUCGACAUUGUGGACAAAUUUUUUGUCAGUCAUGCCUAAACAAUAUUGUGAAAAGUGGACCAAAGCAAAGGCCAUCAAGAGUUUGCAAUGUUUGUCAUACCCUAUUGGUGCAAGAAACUGCUCCUUAUUUCAGUCGAGAUCCUCCUUAAAACAACGAAUGAUGUGAUGAACUUAGUUAGUGAAAGAGUGCAAUAUGAUUUAAAACCAAAUUUUGUUUAAUUCUGGAAAGUGUUUGUAGCUCAGUUUUUUAACUUUAAACAUCACUUUCUUUAUUAUACAUUUCUAACGUGGAUAUAUCAAUUCGAUUAAAUUGAGUAACCAUUAGUUAGAAAUUUUGUGUAAGGUAUGGAUGCGCCAAAAUGUUAUAAAAGUACGUGAAAAAUAAUAUUGGACAAUCCUAUUUUAAAUCAAUUUAUAAAAGUGUAUGGAAAUGAUUGUCCAUUAAUUAGUUUUCAUAUAUUUUUUAAAUAAUUACUGGAAAUUUUAUCAGCUUCAUCGAAUUGGUGCAAUUUUCGGACAAAAAAUGUAUAUUAUCUUUAGGUAUAGACAUUUCAAAUGACAUAUAAGUUGGUUCUUAUUAUCUGAUAUAGUCGAGUGAUAAAAAAAAGUUAAUGCCAGAAAUAAGUUUAUUGUAAAUACGAGACUAAUAAUUAAAGUUUUGAUGUCGUUUAAAAGUUAAAAACUUUCAAAUGCAUGUAUACAUUCAAUAUUUAUUUACCUUAAAACUGUAUAAAAUGAAAAAUAACUAUUAACUGUUUUGUUAUCCUCUGGAUUGCUUUUCAUGGAUAUACAGAAUUAAAUAAGAGUUAGUUAAUCAAGAGAAACCCCUUUUACCAAGGGUCUUUUUGAUUAAAAUUAUAAGGCACAAAAUAUUUCAAACAUUCACUUAUUAUUUUGCUAGAAAAAAUCCAUGGCGAAAGAAGUUUCUCACGAUUAACCAACUUUUAUUUCAUUCUAAAAAUUUAUCGUAAAGUAAAUUGUAAGCAUAAUUCAAACGUAAAAUAUAUUAAAGUGUAAAAAUUAUUAAUGUUGGAACAGCCAUAGAUAAAUUUGUAUC